UUCAUAAAAGUGUCAGCGGUAUAGAACUGUUGACCAGAACAACCACUUCAAUAAUAUUCGCAGUAGACCAGGCCUAGCCCCAGAAGAGAUCCGCGCCAUGGCGACUUUCCCUCCUCCUCCGGUCAGCACGAUCGACUGGUCCAACGUCGGAUUCAAGGUCCGCGAAGUCAACGGUCAUGUCGAGUCUACCUACUCCGUCAAGACGGGCAAAUGGACCCCGCCCAAGUUUGUUACCGACCCAUACCUGAAAAUGCACGGCAUGGCGCCCGCCCUCAACUACGGCCAACAAGCGUACGAAGGGCUCAAGGCCUUCCGUCUUCCCGGCAACGACUCGAUUGCCAUUUUCCGCGCAGACAAGAACGCGAAGCGCAUGCAACACUCGGCUGAGUACAUCAGUAUCCCGCCCGUGCCCGUCGACCUGUUCGUCGACGCCGUGAAAGCCGCCGUCGCUCUGAACGCGGAGUACGUCCCGCCCCACGAGACGGGCGCGGCUCUGUACAUCCGCCCCCAGAUUUUCGGUAGCUCUGCGCAGCUUGGCCUCAGCCCGCCUGAGGAGUACCUCUUCUCGGUCUACGUGAUUCCCACGGGCGUGUACCAUGGUACCCACCCCGUUAAGGCGCUCAUCCUGGAGGAGUUCGACCGCGCGGCUCCGAAUGGUACCGGUAGCGCUAAAGUUGGCGGCAACUAUGCGCCGGUGCUCCGCUGGAGCGAUAAGGCACGCAAGGAGGGGUAUGAUAUCACCCUCCACUUGGAUAGUGCGAGGCAUGAGGAGAUCGACGAGUUUAGCACCAGUGGCUUUAUUGGUGUUGUUCGUGGCGAUGGGGGAGAGAAUGACGUUACCGUUGUUGUGCCCAGCUCCAAGGCUGUUAUCGACAGUGUGACGAGCGAUAGUAUUCAGGAGAUUGGCAGGAGCUUUGGCUGGAAGGUUGAGAAGCGUCCGAUCAAGUACUCCGAACUCCCCAACUUCUCGGAAGUGAUGGCCGCCGGCACCGCCGCCGCUCUCGUCCCCAUUCGCUCGAUCACCCGUCGCGUCAAGCCAUCAUCUCCCCAGUCUCUCGCUUCCAGCACUGCUACCCAGGAGCACUCUCGCGUCUCAUUCAAUAAGGAAGCCGAUGAGGAGACAGUCACUUACCUCCCCGAGAGCCAAGAGGACGCCGGCGACAUCUGCCUGAAGCUCCUCUCCCAGCUUAAGGGAAUCCAGCUCGGAAAAAUUGAGGACACCUUUGGCUGGCGCUUUGCGGUUACGGAGGAGGAUGGAAAGAAGGCAGAGGGCGCAGAGAAGGCUCGUGGUAAGGAGGCGCAGACCAUUGACCAGAUGGAUUAGAAGACUAGCUGGAAUGGGCUUCCCUGGGGUAUGGCCUAGAGGUAGGAUGGCAAGCUAGGUAUACAGCGCCUACUUCGAUAUGAUGCAACCAGA